AUUAGACACUGAAAUGUCUCAGAAGUUAAGGGCUUUUGUGUACAGGGUACAGUAGAGCAUUCUCCCAAGCAUUUGCUCUCUUUACAACUUCCCCUUGAAAAAUUCUUUGACAACCAAUAGUAGCAUGGUUUAAAUCUCAAUCAAGGGCACCAGAGCAAUAGAGGAAGCCAAAAUGAGCCGGAAAAACAACAGGAGUUUAAAGGAGAAAUUUUCCUUGAAGAACAGCCUGGUUAAAGAAGCCCUCUCAGAGUUCCUGGGAACUUUUAUAAUGAUAGCUCUGGGCUGUGGGUGUGUGGGCCAGGCCGUGCUGAGCCGCGGAGUGCAUGGAGGGCCCAUGACGGUGUCGGUGGGCUUUGCCAUGGCAGUCACCAUAGCAGUGUACGUGUCCGGGGGCGUUUCUGGUGGUCACAUAAACCCAGCUGUUUCAUUAGCCAUGUGCGUGACUGGAAGAUUAAAAUGGACCAAAUUACCAAUUUACAUAUUAGCACAAUUCCUGGGAGCAUUCGUUGGAGCAGCGGCUGUCUUUGGGAUUUAUUACAAUGCCUUUAUGGAGUACAGCGAUGGAAAACUUGAAGUCACAGGACCAAAUGCAACAGCACAGAUCUUUGCAACAUAUCCAGCUCCCUAUCUGUCCCUUGUAAAUGGAUUUGCAGAUCAGGUGAUGUCAACAGCUGUUCUUCUUCUGGCUGUAUUUGCUAUUUUGGACACCAAAAAUAAGAGUGUUCCCAAGGGCCUGGAGCCAAUUGCAAUAGGACUUCUUAUAAUUGUUCUUACUUGCUCCUUGGGAAUGAACAGUGGCUGUGCCAUGAACCCAGCCAGGGAUCUUGGCCCAAGGCUCUUCACAGCCGUUGCAGGAUGGGGGAUGGAAGUAUUCACGGCUGGUAAUAAUUGGUGGUGGGUUCCUGUAGUUGCACCUCUGCUGGGAGGUGUACUUGGAGCAAUGACCUAUGUCAUUUUUAUUGAACUUCAUCACUCAGAUCCUCAGCCAGGAGAAGAAAAUGAUGUGCACACUAAAUAUGAAUUGACCAAUAUGGCGUAAGAAGAGAAGAAUUUUCUGUCAUUGUGUUGUGCAGUUUUUAUGCAAAUGGUUGUUUGGACCACUGUAUGAAAUCCAUUUGUCUCAAUUAGAAACUCACCUUUCAAAACAGACAUUCUGUACAGAAGUUCACAACUGAAGUCUUUCCACGAAACAUUGGGCUGAUCAUAUUCAAAACUGCUGUCUUGAGUAUGGGAAGGCUAAAUUGUCCUUUCCAUAUGGCUUUUAGGUCAAGUUUUCCUAGAUACAAUUGUGGUGAGAUGAUGCACUGGUCUGUUACUUCAACUCAUAUGAUCUUAAUCAUGCUGUCUAAUGAACUGAAAAUAGUUGAGAUUGAUAAAAAAACUGCAUGCAUAGCUAGUUAAUGAGUUCAGUGCUGAAUUAAUGUGCAAGAGCAUCACUCACUUCUUAAGAGAGUGGCUUAUCUAAACAUUUAAAACAAUUCUCAAAUUGGCUAAAUGCCAAUUGAAACAGUUUAAAAUAACUUUACUAAAGUUUAUGGAGCCACUACUGAUCAGCUAGAAAUCAACUCCUCAGUGAUUAGGUUUAGUAAUUCACAAUAUGAUCACAAAAGAUAAAAACUGCUUGUUGUAAGAUCAGCACCAAAGAGACAAAGGGUAACUUCUGCACAGGGUCUUCAUAGCAUUAAUGCUUAGUUAUUUUUAGAUUAUUUACUUGGCCUUUAUGCUACCCAAUAUUAAAAGCCUUAUGUAGAAUACUAAUCUGCAUCUCUUCCGCUGUGCUUUCUGGAUACAAUUCAUUCCUGUGGAGAUGGCCCAGCAAGGGGCUGAUGCUGUGCAGAGGUCAGCACAAAGCCUAGGUCUGUAUAACCUUUAAGGUGUCCUGCUGCUGCUGAUUUAUAUAGGUGGAUUUCAUCUGCAUUGUGGGACCAAUUUUUAAUGUGGGAGCAGUAAUUAAAAUUAGAACCUGGUCUCAGAGCUAGUCCUAAAUCUGAAUUCCCCAAGGAAGGUCAGAUCCACAUCAGAGUUCUGAUGUGUGGUUAUCUCUCACUAAAGAGAAACUGUUGCACAUAUACCCCUUCCUAAAUAUCCAGCCUUGAAAAUGAAAUUAUUUCUGCUUAAUCACUGUGAAUUGAAUGUAUUCAGUUAAAGCAAAGUUUAUUUCUAUUAUGUAUACAUCUGUCCAUGCUUGGUAGUGGUGAUCAUGAAUAAACAGACAUCUGAUUCAGCAA